AUGGAACAGCCGAUGCUUUCUCUCAGCCAGCCCAGGGGCUCCUCUUGUGAUAAGGCGACCCCCAAUGUCCUACCCUGCCGGAUCCAGCACGACGGCCCCAUCGGCUCAGCAGACUCGUACUGGAGCCCAUCACAAGAGCCAGAUGGCAAGCGGGUUGCGUACUUCAGAGGCCGAAAGCUGCAUGGCAAGGCUCUGAAAGUCCCAGAGGGUUAUCGAGGCGUCGUGAUCGAAAAGACAGAUCCUCCUAAGCCUCAAGCACCCAGGCCAGACGAGCCUGAAGUUGUCGACCUAGAUGCCGAGGAAGAAAUGCCACUGGGUAUAUUAGAGGCAAAGGCAGAAUUUGACGAGGUGGUGAUUUGGGGCCAUGAGUCUGUGGCGGACGCAUCCUCUGAUCCGUAUGCCCGAGGAUUCGAAGAAUGGAUCGCAGUCGCCGAGCAGAUACACUCUUACGAGGAAAAGGGGCAAUGA